CUUGGGGCUCUCGACUUCUUCCUAUUUUUCUUUUUUUUUAUUUUAUUGUCUUUCUCUAUCCUGCGGUGUUCCGUAUUGCUAUUGCGUACCCCUGUUCUUCCAGCAAACGGACCGAUAAGCUUCUCCAGCGGCUCGCCAUCCUGCCCAAGGUACGGAGUACAGCACGCUAUUGAUGCUUCCAAAACACCGGGUUCGCGUGCCAUGUCAUCUAUUUUACUGUCAUCUAACUCCUCUGUUCUUCCUGUUGUGACAGUGCGGUCUUUAAAUCCUGCCUCACAUCAGCUACCGGUGUUAAGUUGAUCACUUUACGUCAGGCUUCGUGUUCCCUCUCGUCGCACCUAAUCUCCUCGUCCUUGCCCCCCUCGCGAUCCUCUGUCUACUUUACGCAUUCGGUGUAUCGUUUACUGUCGUUGAUUUCGAAUCCAUCUGGACAGCGCAUCUUAUCCAUCGUCCCUUUUUGGAUCUGCAUCUGAAUUUUCGUCGGUUUCGAGCAGGCUCUCGCGGUAACCCGAUAACCUUGCUAUAUCCAUUGUCUCGGAAUUACGAAAAGCCAUUCCAACAGUCUUCUUCAACGUAUAUACGGGUUGUGGAAAACUAUUCUUGGAAGAGCUUGCAUCCAUACAUUGGUCUUCCUGAAAACUCGCGAGCGAGCGGAAACGAAUAUCAACCAUCAUGGUGCAGCAACUCCCUCCAGGGGGACCUAGAAAGAUCUCUUUCAACGUCUCUGAUCAAUAUGAGAUCCAGGAUGUCAUUGGUGAAGGCGCCUACGGUGUUGUCUGCUCGGCAAUCCACAAACCUUCCGGUCAGAAGGUCGCUAUCAAAAAGAUUACUCCAUUUGAUCACUCAAUGUUCUGCUUACGGACACUGCGUGAGAUGAAGUUGCUGCGAUAUUUCAACCACGAGAAUAUCAUCUCGAUCCUGGACAUCCAGAGACCCCGCAGCUUUGAGAACUUCAAUGAAGUAUACCUCAUUCAGGAGUUGAUGGAAACCGAUAUGCACCGGGUCAUCCGCACACAGGAUCUUUCCGACGAUCAUUGCCAGUAUUUCAUCUAUCAGACUCUGCGUGCAUUGAAGGCUAUGCACUCUGCCAACGUCCUCCAUCGCGAUCUGAAGCCGUCUAACCUUCUUCUGAAUGCCAACUGUGACCUAAAAGUCUGCGACUUUGGUCUUGCUCGUUCCGCCGCAUCAAGCGACGACAAUUCCGGGUUCAUGACAGAAUACGUUGCAACCCGCUGGUAUCGUGCACCGGAGAUCAUGUUAACAUUCAAGGAGUAUACGACAGCGAUUGACGUGUGGAGCGUUGGCUGUAUUCUGGCUGAGAUGCUGAGUGGGAAGCCUCUGUUUCCAGGCAAAGACUAUCACCACCAGUUGACGCUGAUCUUGGAUGUCCUCGGAACCCCUACCAUGGAGGAUUACUAUGGUAUUAAAUCCCGACGUGCUCGAGAAUAUAUACGUUCUCUGCCUUUCAAGAAGAAGAUCCCUUUCAAGGCUCUCUUCCCAAAGAGCAAUGAUCUGGCAUUGGAUCUCCUGGAGAAGCUGCUAGCCUUCAAUCCUGCAAAGAGGAUUACAGUCGAUGACGCCCUACGCCACCCUUACCUGGAACCUUAUCACGACCCUGGUGAUGAACCCACGGCACCUCCUAUUCCCGAAGGAUUUUUCGACUUUGACAAGAACAAGGAUGCUCUAAGCAAGGAGCAGCUGAAGUACUUGAUGUAUGAGGAGAUCAUGCGAUAGUGGACUACUUUCCAUUGAGGAACAGUUGGAUAGGGCUGCGUUCAACUUAUGGAACUAUCUUUUUUGACGAACAUAUAGCCCCCCAAGAAUCGAGUCUGAGAUGCACAAAGGAAUUUCUGCAGAUUGCAACGAUGUCCUCAACCGCCGGAGGACAGUCAGAUCCUGCGAUUCAAUUGAUUCCAAUACGACCUUCUUGCAAGCUUGGUGAUAAUACUAUCGAAAAGCUUCUCCCCUAUCUUCUACUCUUUUUCACCCUCUUUUGUUCACUGACGGAACGUUUUCCUUUGCGAUGAUCAGUAAGACUACCCCUGAUAACUAUCCCAGAAUGUCCGUUUCAGCACUUUGCUUGAAUCGUGAUUUGACUGCGUUUCUACAUUUUGAUGUGAUACAAAUUAUGCCAACAUAGCAACUCAACUUCUUGAAGAUACUUAUGUGCAACAUGACUUGAAUUCAAUCAGCUU